AUGAAGGGAAAUCACUCAAAAACACAUGUAAUUGUUUUUGUCAUUCUCUUAUUUGCUGCGUGUUUGGAUGUUGAAGCACAUUCAUGUAGGCCAAGUGGAAGAAUUAGGGGAAAGAAACCAGACCCUGAGAAAUGCAACCCAGAGAUUGAAUCUGACUGUUGUAUUGAAGGUAAAAUGUACACAACAUACAAGUGUUCACCACCAGUUACCAAACACACCAAGGCGAAACUCACCCUUAACAGCUUUGAGAAAGGUGGAGAUGGUGACAGCCGUAGUGUAUGUGACAACAAGUAUCACUCUGAUGACUUACCAAUUGUGGCACUGUCAACUGGUUGGUUUAACAAUUUGAAGAGGUGCUUCCACAAUAUCACCAUAACUGCAAAUGGGCGGAAUGUGGUGGCGAUGGUGGUGGAUGAGCGUGACUCCACCAUGGGAUGUGAUAAAGACCACGAUUAUCAUCCACCAUGUGAUAACAACAUUGUUGAUGCUUCAAGAGCUGUGUGGACAGCCUUGGAAGUGCCUCUCGUAGAUUGGGGCGAGUUGGAAGUCACUUGGUCCCCUGUCUAG